UACACACCCUCAUAAAACAUGUAUCAAAAAUUCACAUUAAUACUCUUCAUAUCACACAGCACACACACAUAUAAAACUCUUGACCUUUGUCUAAUAACAACUUUGGAGUAAGCAUAAAUUAAAAUUUCCUGAUUCUGUUUUUAUGGCUGAGGAGUUUCAAGCGACGGCAGCAAUUUGCGGCAGCGGAGGCGGCGCGUGGUGGAACUCGCCAAGGAGCGUUAUGUCCCCUUCGGAUCAUCUCUUGUCGCCUUGUUUCGGACAGCGAGAGGCUGAUUCCGACAGUGGAGGAAGCACCGUGAGUAUUGACUCGACGUUGCAAAUGAUGGGUCUAGGGUUUUCCUCAAACUCUUCUUCAGAGUGGAACCAAACCGUUUUACAAGAAGACUUAAACUCAAGCUUCAGAAGCUCACAAGAUCACUAUCAUGGCCAAGGAUUCUUAUCUACAACUAGUUCACCUUAUCUUCUUAAUCCAGCUUGUUCUUCAUCUUCGUCACCUUCUCCUCCUUCCUCGAGCUUGUUACAAACCUUUUACGAUCCGGAACCGAGUCAGUACAGGUUCCUUUCUACCACUAGCUGUUCAAUCAACAAUCCUCAGCUCUCUUGGGCUAGUAGUAAGACAAGUCCUCAUCAUCAAGCUGCUUAUGGAAUAAUUAACAACUUCUCUAACAGCACAAACUCUCGACCCUUUUGGAGUUCUUCAUCAACCACUAACUUAAACAACACGCCGCAUAACAGUUUUGUAACCACUUCGCAGAUAAUACCUACUCGUCUUGAGGACAAAACUAAGAAUCAGAAGACUAAAGGCCAGAGCGAGUCUUUGAAGAGAGCAAAGGAUAAUGAUUCCGCGUCGAAGAAACAGAGAAUUAGCACGCCUUCACCAUUGCCAACUUUUAAGGUGAGAAAAGAGAAUCUAAGGGACCAGAUUACUUCAUUACAACAGCUAGUUUCACCUUUCGGAAAGACAGAUACUGCAUCUGUUCUCCAAGAAUCCAUAGAGUACAUCAAGUUUCUUCAUGAUCAAGUCACUGUUCUAAGCACUCCAUACAUGAAACAAGGUGCUUCCGUCCAACAACAACAUCAGAAAUCUGGUAAGAGUCAAGAUGGAAACGAGAAUCUAGAACUAAGAGCACACGGUCUGUGUCUCGUUCCCAUAUCAAGCACUUUUCCGGUGGCUAAUGAAACAACCGCCGACUUCUGGACACCAACGUUUGGGGGCAACAGUUUCAGCUACAGGUGCAUGUCUCUUCCAACCCGCAGCUGCAAAGGAUUCUUUCUCACGGGCUUUGUCUUUGAAAUUGUAGCGACAACAUCAGAAGCAGCGAGAAUGCCUAAGCAAAUCCACGAGAUCGACUUCCUUCUGACGGCGAGGAGGAAGGAUGCGAGGUCAGUGAAGAUCAAGAGAAGCAAGGAUAUAGUCAAGUUCAAGGUCAGGUGCUCGAGGUACCUCUACACACUCUGCGUCUUCGACCAAGAGAAGGCCGAUAAGCUUAAGCAGUCACUUCCUCCAGGUUUGAGUGUUCAAGACCUUUAAACAUCUCUUCGAGUCUGGGACGGGACAUAUGUCAGUGCGACCGACCUAUGUUGAAGUUUUAAGAUACCUUUUUUAUUUGGAGAUUUUAGUUUUUGAAUCAAGACUCUUCUCUUCUUUUCAAGACCUGGAUUUGUAUUUUGCCUAAUGCUUGGUUAGUAACAAGAAGCAUUCACAUUAAUUUUCUAUAUGGUUUUGAUUUA